AUGGCUUCAGUUGCUGUCAAUAAAUUUCAAAAACACAGAAAACUUCACCAUGAUAGUCGUGGAGUGAUCGCAAGGCCACAAUAUGGCGCUGCAGCACCUCAAUAUGGCGCUGUAGCAAGACCUCAAUAUGGUGCUGUUGCAGCACCUCAAUAUGGCGCUGCAGCAAGACCUCAAUACGGCGCUGUAGCAAGACCUCAAUAUGGCGCCGCUGCAAGAUCCCAGUAUGGUGCUCUUGCAAGAUCUAUUGCGCCUGCAGCUGGUUCAGGAUUUGGAUACGGCUCUCAUAGAGGAUUCGAUAAUCAAGCCACCAUGAACAUCUAUGUUCCGUUGGCGCCAGAAUUUAGCAGAGCUUAUGAACAGUUUAUGAAUGGUGGUACGGGAGGUAUCCCUGUUGGUGGAAUGCCCAUGGGAGGAAUGUCUAUGGGAGGAAUGCCUGUUGGUGGAACGCCCGUAGGCAGCUCAAUUAUUGGUAGAAUGCCCAUGGGUGGUAUGUCUAUGGGAAGAUUUCCUAGCGGUGGUAUGUCUGCCGGUGGAAUACCUAUGGGCAGAUUUCCUGCUGGUGGUAUGUAUACCGGUGGAAUGCCUAUGGGUGGCAUGGCUAUGGGUGGUAUACCUGCCGGUGGAAUGCCUAUGGGUGGCAUGUCUAUGGGUGGUAUGCCAAUGGGAGGAAUGUCGAUGGGUGGUUCGCCUAUGGGUGGUCAAUUAGGUGGAAUACAAGGAGUCCCAAUCGGAUUCGGUGUAACAACUAGUUAG